GGCUUUUUCGUGUUCUAUUAGGAAAAACUGUUUUCAGUUAGUUUGGUUCAUGAACAUUUUCAACAGGCCUCAAACCAGGUUUAAAUGGUUGAAAAAGCAUUUAUGUGAUCAUACAGCAUGAUUGUAGCUCGCGUAAGGACCAUUUUCAGGAGUUACGGUGUUUCAACCGAAAAUGGUUGGAAAAGUGUUCUAUUGAGAAACGUCAAGCAUAUCAACCCAAACUGGUUGCGAUUAAAAUGGUUGAUCCCAAUGGAACAUGAUGUAACACUGGGCUAAAAAAUUGUCUUAUCAGUUGAAUCCAUCCUUGUCAAGUCAUCCCUUAUCCAUAACCCUUCCUCAUCUCUGACUUUUAACUCUUACUGUUUAUCUUUAAACUGUUCUCUUUCACACCACACCCAUUACAUCUUAAUAAUCUCACUCCUCACAUCAUAUAGACACUUAAAAUUAUGUCUUUGGUACAUGCAUUACUAAUGUUUGACUGUGUUUCACUGAAUAGCUAUUUUGUCAUGAUUAUAGGUUAACACUUUCCUGUACGAGCCAUUCAUUGGCAUAUUGGCUUAAAUCAGAUUCACCAUUCAGAUCACUUCUACCACAGAUGAAAGGGAACAGGUGUAAGUUUGCAACAAAAACAGAAACUGAGUCGCAGGAAAGUCCCCUGGCAUAUUCCAAUUUGCUGAUCAAGCUAGAAGGUUUGGAUGAUGGUGUUCUGGAUCAUUACUGUCAGUUUGUAAUCAGUGCAUGCAAGAUGAUGAAACUACAAGUUAACAAGAAAUUCAACCUUGUAACAGAGAACUUCAGUCAAACACUGGCCUUCCCUCCAGACAGCUACAAAAAAGGCAAUGUGACAUACCAUUUUAAGAAACAUGGCCGGAUGAUACAGGUUGCACAGCUUCCAGCAGAGAAGUCAGAUAUCUUCAUUCAGUAUUUACAAGAUAACAUCCCUCCAGGUGUAUCACUACACAUGGAGCUGGUAAGGAAAGAUUUCCAACUCGUUUGAAUUUCUUUUACACUUAAAGUAAAGAAAAGUAAAGUAAAGUAAAACUUUGUUUAGCCGGGUGGCCCAUUCAGCGUUGCGGCUGGCAACCAGAGGGGCCCUGGUAAUAAAUAUUACAAUCAUAAACAUUGCAAAUAUACAUAGGUAAAAAAUCGAAUUUACAGUCCACUCCCGAUAACUCGAUUCUCGCGUUAACUCGAAGCAAUUUUUGUUUCCCUUCAGGUCAUUUUCUAUAUAAUUUUACCCUCUGUAACUCGAACCAUGAGCAUGAGAGCUUUGUACCAGUAGCCAGUACCAGCAGCCCUCCAUUGUUCUCUCUAAAAAACCUGCACCGUUCACAGUUCCUGGGCUUCUCCCUGUUGCUUUCCUUUGUUAUAUUUUUCACAUUACGCUACGUUCCGAUUUAUACAGUAAUUUAGAGAUGUAUGGUUUUAUUUUCA